AUGGCAAGCACAGAAAACCUCCAAGGCGUCACAGCAGCUAUGCGCGCCGAAAUGGGCCACACGGGUGUGAAAGGGCUCAUGAAAAACAAAAAGGUCUUCUUCAUAUCCAUGUUCGCCUCCUUCGGCGGUCUGCUCUACGGCUAUCAGCAAGGUGUUCUAGGCCAGGCCGUUGUUAUGAACUCUUUCAUUAGAGAUUUCCCCCGGGUGCAUAAUAGUCCGUCGAAACUGGGAUGGCUGACUUCGGUGCUGCAAUUGGGCGGCUGGGUUGGCUCGCUCUCGGCGGGUGUGUUUGGUGAGGUGUUUUCAAGGAAGCAUACUAUGUUUGCUGGGUCGCUCUGGGUGGUCCUGGGAAGCUUUGUGGCGGCCGGUGCGCAGAACACGAACUAUCUUUAUGCAGGACGAUUGUGCACUGGACUCGGUGUUGGGACGUUAUCUGCUAUUGGGCCUCUGUACAAUGCCGAACUGUCUCCCCCUGAGAUGCGAGGUUUCCUCAUCGCUCUCCAACAGCUGACCACCACUAUCGGGAUCAUGCUCGCUUACUGGGCAGCUUUCGGCAGCAACUAUAUCGGAGGCACAGGAGACGGCCAAAAUGAUAUGGCUUGGCGUUUACCCAUGAUUAUCCAAGGUCUUCCCGCUGUGAUACUCUGUAUAGGCCUCUUUUUCAUGCCCUUCUCACCUCGCCUCCUUGUCAACAAAGGCAAAGACGCUGAAGCCGUCAAAACACUCGCUUACCUCCGCAACUUGCCCGAAGACCACUACCUCGUACAGGUCGAAUAUCUCGAGAUCAAAUCGGACUUCGAAUUCGAGAAAGCUAUUUUCGAUAAAAGAUUCCCGAAGUUGAGCAAGGAUAUGGGAAAUAGCGUGUGGAGGAGAGAGUUUGCCCAGUAUAGCAACGUCUUUCGGAGUAAGGAUAACUUCAAGAGAGUUGCACUGGCGAGCUUGGUUAUGUUCUUUCAGCAGUGGACGGGUAUUGAUUCGAUCAUUUACUAUGCUCCGAUUAUAUUCCAGUCCCUCGGUCUCACAGGUAGCACAAUUUCUCUUUUGGCUUCUGGGGUUGUCGGAAUUAUCAACGUCGCAACGACUAUCCCGGCUAUCUACUACAUUGAUCACAUCGGUCGUAAACCAUUGAUGAUGACCGGUUCAGCUGGAAUGUGUAUCUGCGAGACGGUCAUUGGCGUCAUCGUAGCAACAUGCGGCAGCGACUGGACGAAACAUGUAGCUGCAGGAUGGGUUGCUGUUGUCUUCGUCUGGCUCUAUAUCAUCAACUUCGCUUACUCCUGGGGCCCCGGUUCCUGGAUUCUCAUAGCAGAGAUUUUCCCAAUCUCCAUCCGCGCCAAGGGAACAUCCAUCGGCGCAUCCGCAAACUGGAUGAACAACUUCAUCAUCGCUUUCGUCACACCUCCCAUGCUCUCUGGUAUUGGAUAUGGUACCUAUCUUUUCUUUGCAUUCUGGAGUGCGGCGGGUGGUGUGUUCAUCUGGUUGUGUAUGCCGGAGACCAAGGGUAAGACGCUCGAAGAGAUGGACCAGGUGUUUGGGAGUCAUACUGCGGCCGAGGAGCUGGAAGAGUUUGCCAAAGUGCAGGAGAGAACUGGCUUGACGGCGCUGAUUAGAGGAGGUCCGGCGGCGUUGGUGGAGAGUAGUGAUCAGGGGUCGGUCAAGGAGAAGGGUGUUGGGGUGACCUAUGUUGAUAAGGUCUGAGAGAAAGAGUUCUAGCUUCUGGAACCUCUUACUGAAAACAUCACCAGCCCUACAAUUGCUUUUUGUCUUAAAACGACAGAUGAAAGCCAAUGAAAUUUCCAAAGUUUUUCUCCUCA